AUGAGUAUAUUCCCUUUGCUAACUCCCUGUUCCGGUCGCGUUCGAGUCGAGUAGCGGGGUAUGCGCCUCGCGGGCCGCCGUAGUCCGCUGCUGAGAGCAGGAAGUGUCCGAGAAGCGCGGGGAGGCUGCACUAUGGCUCCGGACCCCUGGUUCUCCACAUUUGAUUCUACUUGCCAAAUUGCACAAGAGAUUGCUGAGAAAAUUCAACAACGAAACCAGUAUGAAAGAAAUGGUGAAAAUACAACCAGGCUUACGGUGACAAUCAGAGCUUUGUUGCAGAAUCUGAAGGAAAAGAUCGCCCUUUUGAAGGACUUAUUGCUAAGAGCUGUGUCAACACAUCAGAUAACCCAGCUUGAAGGGGACCGAAGACAGAGCCUGUUGGAUAAUCUUGUAACUCGAGAGAGACUACUCCUGGCAUCCUUUAAGAACGAGGGUGCAGAGCCAGAUCUCAUCAGGUCCAGCCUGAUGACGGGAGGGGCCCAGCGAGGCGUCCCAAACCCUUGGCUCUUUGAGGAGCCGGAGGAGACCAGAGGCUUGGGUUUUGACGAAAUCCGGCAACAGCAGCAGAAAAUCAUCCAAGAACAGGACGCAGGCCUUGAUGCCCUUUCUUCUAUCAUCAGUCGCCAAAAGCAAAUGGGGCGAGAGAUUGGCAAUGAGCUGGAUGAACAAAAUGAGAUCAUUGAUGACCUCGCCAACCUGGUGGAUAAAACAGAUGAGAAGCUUCGCACUGAAACCAGGCGCGUGAACUUGGUGGAGAGAAAGUCAGCAUCUUGUGGGAUGAUAAUGGUGAUUUUAUUGCUGCUCGUGGCCAUCGUGGUCGUUGCGGUCUGGCCUACCAAGUAGUGGCAAUAAAGGAACCGCCAGCUCUGACACCUGCCGGCGAUGGGAGAAAGCUCAGCACCCUUUUGAUACCUGAAAGCUGCUCUCAAUAAAUUCCCUCAAAGCGCUGA